GCUGGAGGCGGCACGGCGGCGACGGCUCGGGGCGCGGCGCUGCCCCGUGCUCGCCUGCAGGCCACGGUCGGGCGUCCGAACUCGGCCUUGGCCUAGCCUCCGCCGUGCCGCGCCGCGCCGCGCGUAGAGGAAGAGGAAAUGCCUAGCGGCGGACUCCCGCCGCUCGCCAGCGCGGCCCGUGGGGCCUCCGCACGUCCCCAACCCACGCCUGAGGCCUGCCUGAGUCCUUGCUGAUCCUUCAGCAACCACAGAAUUCACCAGUCUCUAGGAUCCAGAAGUGUUGACAAGUUGCUGAUGGCUAGUAUCCAUUUUUUAUUGUCCUGUAUCCCUGAAACAUCCCUGCAGUAUGCUUGGAUACCCUUUGAUUUCUCCUUUGCCAAGAACCCUCUCCAGGCCAGGUCCUGAAGCAGGAAGAGGACUCAUGCACUUUCACAGCCAUAGCAAGAAGACUAUACAUAGUUAAAUACACACCAUACACAUGAAGUUGAAUUACUUCUUGUGGAUCCAUAAAGUGAGACCCACAUCUUACUCCUUUGGCAUUAUCCAUGUCCCAUAAACCCUAGUCUGGGACUUCAUUACUAAUGAUUCCAAGAAGGCUUUCCAGCAGAGCAACAUUAUGUACUUUGAGUUGGACCUCAUGGACUCCUACAUAAUCUCUGCCCUCAGCAGCUGUCAGAUGAUGCCAAGCAAGAACCUCUAAGAUGUGCUCACCAAGGACAUCUACUACUGCCUCAAGUGCCACUUGGAGUAUGUCAAGCUCAGGAUGCCCUUGUGGAUAUCAGACCAAUGAGGCAAGGGGCUGUAUGUAGAGUACCUCUUCACUGCCAUUGUGGGGAACUAGGAACGCAAGAGGCUCAUGAUUGAAAUGGACAUUAAGUCCUGGAGGUUACUUGUCCUAGACCUGUACCUUGCCAAGGAGGCAGAGUGGCUGAGGAAACAGACUGGGGCAGUGGAAGAGGUGGAAGAGCAGUGCCAUCCAUUGUAUGAGCUGAACCUUUCCCAGGUUAUAUUUGCUUUGGACCAGACCCUCCUGCAGCAGAAGAGCCUGUGAGCAGGCAGCCUAGGACAGGCCUUUUGCUGUCGACCAUCAAGUGGAGCCAAGUGACUCGUCAGAUCUCAGAUGACCUAUAUCAUGAACCAUCUCAUUAUACUCUAUAACUGUGACGACCUCAGCUCUGUCAUCUUCAGCCAUAGCAGCUCCCUGGUUCCCAAUUUCAUAAAUGCCAUGCUCCAGCCUCAGGAACACAUCACUGCUCAGGAGAUCAACAGCGACUUCUGUCAAGAGCUGAUCUACAAGUGGAAUGAGAGAAUGGAGGAGCAAGGGAAGGCACUUUUGGAGGAGUUCCCUGACAAGGGCUUUUUCUUUGUUUUCAGAGCUGGCAACUGUUUUAUGAGCAACAACAUAGUGCUGGAUGUGUUGCAUUGCAAAGGCCAUGAGAACAUGCCCUGGCUAGAUGUCCCAUCAACAAUUGGUUGUAUCUGGGUAGACAGCAGCAAGGGGACUGGCUGCCUGGGCGCCAGGGUGGCUGUUAUCUUCAGAGGCUCCAGAGGACCACAGCAUGGUCGUUUCCUUGGGGCCCAGGAGAAUGGUCAUUAG